GAUAAUUGUAAAUGUCCACUUUAAUUUAAGGUUAUUUCGCUUAUAAAAAAUGUAAAUAAGACCUCAAAAUGCCAUUAAUUAUAAUAUGUGGAACACCAGUAAGUGGUAAGACAAAUAGAGCAAAUGAACUCAAAGAGUUUUUCGAGAAAAAACAUGGGAAACGUGUUGAGAUUAUAUCCGAAGAAGAAGCAAUAAUAGUUUUAGGAUAUGAUAAAAACUCCACGUACCUGGAUUCACAGAAAGAAAAAAGAGUUAGAGGACACCUAAAGUCAGAGGUUAUUAGACUAAUAGGCAAAGACAGUGUUGUCAUUUUGGAUGGAAGCAAUUAUAUCAAAGGUUAUCGCUAUGAACUAUAUUGUGCAUCAAAGGUAUGUAAAUCAACGCAAUGCACAAUUUAUACAAUACGUAAUCAUGAUGAAGCGUGGGAAGAUAAUAAAAAAUUGCUAAAUAAUGCUAAUAUAAAUGAAAACAUAGAUGUACCAGAAAAUAACAGUCCAUUAAACAAGCAACCGGUAGCAUAUACUGAAGAAGUAUUCAAUGCAUUGACUAAAUUUAGAUUUGAAGAACCAAACUCAAACCACAGAUGGGACAGUCCAUUGUUUACUGUACAGCCCAGUGACAAUCUUGAUUUAGAUGCUAUUUAUAGUGUUCUAUUUGAGAAGAAGCCACCUCCGCCAAAUAUGAGCACACAAAAUCCACCACUCAGUUCAACAAACUUUCUCUAUGAAUUGGACAAAGUGACUCAAUCAAUAUCAAAACAGAUUUUAGAUGCUAAACAACUGAAUAUGGAUGAGGUCAGAUUCCCCGACUAUCCGGGCUGCUCAUUAGAAGCUGGAUUUAUCCAAAAUAUUAAUCCUCAAAAACUACUAAGAUUAAGAAGGCAAUUCUUAACAUACGCCAAGAUGAAUCAUUCAAAUGAAGAGAUAAAUAAAAUUGGAAGAUAUUUUAUACAAUAUUUAAAUAAAACACUUACAGAUUAA